AUGGCACAGACAAGAAGACACAAGGUAGCACAUAAUGUAUUUGAUCCUCAUGGUCGACUAGCUAAGCUAGCCAGAGGUAAGGUAGGAAACGAUCGUGAUGGUGCUGAAGAGGAAGAAGACGAUGACGAUAAAUCGUCUAUUGACAGUGUUCAAAGACACUGUCAGGACGACAGUUGUGAAAGCCAAGCGAAUUGUGAAGUUGAGAUAUUUGAAUCGUUAUACCCAAAUAAAGAUGAUGAUGCCGAGAAGCCGACCCAAAUAGGUUAUGAGAGUCUUAAUCUGAAUACCAUAGCUGAAUCAAAUGAGAAUGGUAAUGGACAUUCUGCUACCGAGGAUACGGAAACGGACAGAGAACGAAUGAAAAGAGCCACGUUACUUACAACGUUACUUCUUGAUAUGAAAACCAAUAUGAAGGCCGACCAUAAUAUCGUUGACCCUUCAGAAAGUAUUCUUAAUGAUCAAAGAAACAACAGAGAGAAUGCCACACAAUCUGUGGUGGUCUCCAGAAGUACUUUCUUAAGAGCAGAGAAGGUUAAAUCUAUGAUUGCCAUUAAAUAUUUAUAUCUUCAAAGAACUUUGGAUUGGGCAAAUGCUAACGAAGAUAUUAAUCUCCAUUGCCAUGUGGAGGGGGUUUAUAAUCCCUUGCAAGUGAUCCGAAAUCGAAGGGUUCGGGCAAAGUAUAAGGAAUAUCUAAGACCACUUUCAUUUAAAGAACUUCCAUUGGCUUCAAAUGUCUUUAGCAAGCAUUCUAUUAAAGAUUCCAAUUAUGCUAUGCUUUGGUCGAUUGAUUUGACCGAACUUAUUGGAGAUCCGAUUUGGCGUACUUAUCAUUGGAAUGAACUAAGAAACCCUCAUGGCAAGCUCUGGUUCCCUCCAGAAAAAAGCAACAGUAACGCUGCUGUUGAUGGAGGACGUAUUAAGUUGCAUGAUAAGUUGUUUGGACUAGAGGAUGAAAAUGCUCAACAGAAUAACCUGAGCCAACCUUCAUCAUCGCUUUCAGUGGAUGAACUCAUCAAACCAACAAGAUCCAAAAGCACUUCUCCAGUUAGAGAAAGACUCAGAGAUAAAAUAAAUAAAAAAAUGUGGAUAGGGUCAUCUCAUGAUUCCACAAGUGACAUUGAAAGAGUGGAGGAGAUGAAUGACGAAGAAGCGAAUGUGAAUGACCACGACCACAACGAUGAUGAAGAAACUGAAGGACUGAAAGGAGCUCUUAAUGAUAAAAUUUCCCCUCGCAAGGAAAGUAGUAAUGCUGAACCAGCUGCUUUGAAGGUACCUCCAGUAGUUGUGAUAAACUACGAACUACCAGUAGCCCAAACGGUCGACUCUUCUCGCAGUAAUUCUUCUUUGGAUAUCCAUGGUAUUUAUUUUAAGCCCGUGGAAAAGGACAAAGAAAACGAAGUUGAAAAAUCUAAAGAUGACAAUGAAGAUUCCUUGAAAGCGACUUCAAGCGAAGAUGAUAAUAAAGAUUUGGAUGAUGAUGAAACACAUAAUUUACCCGUUGCCAUACCAAUUGAGAAGAGUAUUUCUGGUAUACUGCUGGAACCAAAGAAAAUUCAAGAUUUGGAAGAAAUAGCCCAAAUAAGAUCAAUAAUGGAGAAUUUAGCUCUCAUUAGAAAAGUUGCAAACAUAAGAUUGCAUUAUUACUACGCUGUAUAUCCUCAUUUGGCAAAUUCUGUUAUAACCAGGAUUUCAAAGAUUAUUAAUAAUGAAAUGUCAAUUGUCCAUGAAAAGUCAAACAAGAUUGCUACUCAAGAUUUACCAGCUCAAGAACGAAUGUAUAUGACUUUUCUGGCUCAAAUCCAAGACAUGUUGCAUAUGAUAAACGACAAGUAUUCAAUUCGAGUGGAUAGUUUGCUUAGUAGUAGUGACAGAUCUAUUGGUGAAUUGAAUACAUCUGUUUCCCUUGAAAUGAGAAAGGUGAAUGAAAGACUUGAUAAGCUUCAUAACCAAUUAAUGGGUCGUUCAAUUAGGGAUAGUUUUGGUGUAGAAACUUUGAAAGGUAAUUAUGGGGAAAGUGGUGGGUAUCAGAUUAAUUUGGGUAUUGGUUAA